UAUUCACGAUAAAGAGCCGGUUACAAGUCAUGGAUACGAUACAAAAAACAAUUGUUUUAGACUUUAAUAAUGAUACAUUACAAUAUUUGAGAAAACUGUACAAUUUGGAUACACCCAAGAGAAUGACAGAAGCACUUGAUAAUCUUCAGAGUUGGAUUGACAAACAGAGUCACUUUCUUAAAAAGGAUUUUUCUCGAGAAUACUUAGAAAGACUAAUAAUAACAAGUAAAGGAUCUAUAGAAAGGGCAAAGAAAAAGUUGGAUAAGAUGUGUACCUUAAGAUCAAUAUUGCCACAAUAUUUUGGGGUUUUCAAUCCAAAAGAAGAUCUGCAAUAUUUUUCUGAAUCAAUAAUGAACGUUUUACUACCAAAACUGACGGAUGACCACUAUCGUAUUUAUAUAUUUAAACCAGUUGUGAAGAGCUUCAAAAUGCCAUUUCUUGAUUUCUACAAACUCUUUGCAAUGAUGUGUGAGUAUAUUCUGGCGACUGACUACGCUAACGGCUUUAUAGCAAUUCUAGAUUACACGGAUAUAAAUCUUAUGGAGGUCAUCAAAAAUCUUAACUUAGUGGAACUUCAACACAUACUAAAAAUUGUCACAGAGGGAUACGGUCUAAGAAUUAAAUCACUCAAUAUAAUAUCGACAUCGAAAGCAGUCGACACGUUAAUGUCUUUACUCAAACAGGUUCUAAGUGAGAAGCUUAUUGGCCGUGUACAUGUAUUCAAAGAUUAUUCUGGUCUGUAUGGUGAAGUUCCACAGCAAAUCUUACCAUCUGACUGUGGAGGUGAGGAGAUUUCCAUAAAAGAACUUAAUGAUAAUCUUAUGGAAGAGCUAUGUUCCGACAAAUUUCAAAAGCAUUUAACGGAAAUGAUGAACGCGAAAACAGAGGAGUCAUACAGACAGACAGAUCAAUUUAACACAGAGUUUUUGGGGACCGCAGGCUCAUUUAGAACAAUAAGUGUAGAUUAACUUUGAAUGGUUUAUUGAAUAUUCGAUAUAAUAUAUCAAUUUUUAUACCGA